AAACUUUUGAACCACGAACGAACAGAAAACUACUUUUAAGAUUUAAAUUGUAUUUUAUUAAUAAUUUAUCCAAUUUAUAAUGGAUAUUCAACUAAAUAUCAACAAUAAUACUUUAGCAGUUCGUAGUAAACCAAAGAAAGUUUUACCUGAAAGAAGACCCAAGGUAGUAGUUAAGAAAUCUUCCAAAAACCAAGCCGCUGCGGGGUUUUCAUUCGAUCCAAAGCCCACAAAAGUGAAGGCAAUUGUUGCACGACGUCGUCCACAAAAGACGAAUGGCUCAACAAAUCCGAGUGUGCCUGGAUCGCCUGUGACGCCCAAGCGGCCUUUGGUCCUCCGACCACCCGAUGUGGUCGAAGAAAAACAACAUACCCAAGGUGAACUCAUGUUGAACAUAGUUUCAGGUGCUCCCAAAGAGAAACCCCAGCAAAAGAAUGAUAAACAGUCACGUUUCGAUCGGAAGAACAAAAAAACAAAGCCGCAAAUCAAUCCGUUCACCAAGAAAGUUCUCACAAACAAGGAAAUCGAUGAAGGAAUCCGCAAAUUCUCUCAGAAUCCCAACAAACGGGAUGUGAAAGACACUGACAACCCACAGCAAAAUGGUGUUUCAAAGACUGGUAAGAAGGUGGUCAGACCCAGCGAUAGGUCAGUGAGUAAAAUACAACUUUUCACUAAAAAUCCCGAGGCGAAGAUGCUCGGACAGAGAUUAGUGAAGCCUAUACGAGAAAAAGUCUUCACUGGAGCUCCGAUAUCGUCGCUUGACAUUCACCCACAUUGCAUCAAGAAUCUGGCCGACAUCCUAAACAUCACAGAGCUCACAACAGUGCAACAGAAAACAAUCCCUGAAGCCAUCAAAGGCAAAGAUAUCCUGGUGCGUUCGCAAACCGGUUCGGGAAAAACUCUUGCCUAUGCCCUGCCAGUCGUGCAGAAACUCCAAGAAAUCCGUCCCAAGGUAACCAGAGAGGAUGGAAUUUUAGCCGUCAUAAUUGUGCCAACCCGUGAACUCGCAAUCCAAACUUAUGAGCUAUUCGUGAAGCUGCUGAAACCCUUCCAAUGGAUUGUCCCGGGCAUUCUUACCGGAGGCGAGCGCAGAAAAGCCGAGAAAGCUCGUUUGCGGAAGGGAAUCAAUAUUCUGGUGGGAACACCAGGUCGUCUGGUGGAUCACUUGCUGCACACCGAAACCUUUAAACUGGACAAAUCCAAGUUCAUUGUGUUGGACGAAGCUGACAGGCUCCUCGAAAUGGGCUACGAACGUGAUGUCAAGCAAAUUGUUGAAGCUAUCGACGAACAAAGGCAGAAAUCUGCAGCCGAAGGCAAGGAACUCGAUAAUUUACAACGUCUCUUACUCUCAGCCACACUUACGUCAGCUGUCCAAAAACUAGCCGGGCUCACCCUCAAAGAACCCCUGUUUAUCGAUAACAAGGAUGAAGAUCCUGCGACGACGAUGCAAACUAUGAUCGGAGGCGAGAUGCCUGAUGUGGAUGAAGAUGGCUCUCUUGUGAUUCCCGAGAAUCUUCAGAUGAGUUUUGUUGUUGCUCCAACUAAAUUGCGAUUGGUCACUCUGUCUGGGCUGCUGGCCAAAGAAUUGCAAAAGAAGAACUUCAAGGCAAUGGUGUUUAUGUCCACAAUGGAAAUGGUAAACUUCCAUCAUGAUCUGAUGAAUGAACAACUGACACAGAAGGUUCUCGACGAUGAGGACGAAUUGAAUGAGGAUGAGGACGACGGGGAUGACCCACUGCUCAAGGGAAUGAGAUUUUUCAAACUGCAUGGUUCUAUGACUCAGAACGAGCGACAAGGAGUGUUUAAUGCUUUCAGAGACGCCAAAGCUGGUGUCCUUUUAGCAACUGAUGUCGCUGGACGUGGUUUGGAUGUUCCUGAAGUCAACCUGGUCAUUCAAUAUUCACCACCUCAAAAAAUAUCCGAUUUCGUUCAUAGAGUUGGACGAACUGCUCGUGCUGGAAAAAGUGGUCGUGCUGUUCUCUUCCUAACCCCAAGUGAAACGAAUUUCAUUCGAGUUCUUGAAGAUAAGAGAAUAAGAAUUUCACAAGUUGAUAUGGAUGUCUAUUUAAAUGCCUUGGUUGAUGCGGAUUCAGAAGCUAGAAAUAUUCAAGAGGCUGCUUCGAAUUUGCAACAUAAAUUCCAAGAACUAAUUGCCGAUGAUAAGGAAAUGCACGAUAAGGCUUGUAAAGCAUUUGUGUCGUGGAUGAAGUUUUAUUCAACGUUCCCCAAACAACUCAAACCAAUUUUCAAUAUCAAAGUCGCUCAUAUGGGUCAUUUUGCGAAGUCAUUUGGUCUUAAGGACGAACCAACAUCCUUUACAAAGAAACAUGCUGCUCCGAAAGCACCUCCACCAACAAAUAGAUUAACAUAUACAGAAAGGAAUCCUGAAAAAAUCAAGGAAGAGAAAAAGACAAGAAAACGAUUAUAUGCCACAACUGUUACUGGUCCUAUGACAAAUAAUAAUAGACUCAACAAAUUUGCUACAAAUUCAAGGACACUCACAACAUCUGAAUAUGGAAGUGGACUGCCGGAUAUGAAAAGAAAAAAAAUAAAUUAAAAAAUUGUAUUUUGUUAAAAAAUCAUGUAAAAAAUGUCGAUAAUUUAAUUUUUAUAAAAAUUUUAAC